CUAAAAAUGCCGUUCUGCCGUGGGAGAAGGCUACAAUACUGCUGCCACUUCUGGCUGAUAAUGGACAUCUGUCACUCUCUUGCAUUCAGAAUCAUUUCAGCGUUGAAAGCCUUUGAGUUUCUUGCUAGCUUUCUUUCGACAGCAGCAGUUUUCCAGAUACAUAUGUGAGGAUGCUGGUCAUUCUUUUCUUUGAACUUCUGCAUCUUUCCCUUCAAGCGAGUACCUUCAUCUGCCCAAAAGCCUGCAAAUGUAUUUUCCGAGAUGCUAUCCAAUGUUCUGACAUUAGAAUUCAAGAUAUUGCAGUGUUGGACCUGCCUAAAAAUAUGACCCAGAUCCUUAUAUCAGGAAUGAGUUUAAGGAACUUGAAGGCUAAUAGUUUUAAUGGAAUGGCCAUCUUGCAGCGCCUUAUUCUGACAGGAAAUCAAAUUUCUAUGAUUGAUUCUGGCACAUUUAAUGAUGUGGUAAAACUGAAAACACUGAGACUCUCUCACAAUAAAAUAGCCAGGCUCCCAAAUGGAUUGUUUGAUGAACUGACGCUCCUUGAACACUUAUUUCUAGACAAAAAUAGUCUAACGAACAUUAGCCAAGGCAUGUUUGAUCAAUUAGUCCAUUUGCGGGAGCUCUGUUUGAAUAAAAAUCAACUAAGAUGGUUUCAGAGUGGGCUCUUCAGAAAUCUUGUGGAGCUGGAAAUUCUGGAUUUAUCCAGAAAUAAUUUGACAAACUUGCCUAAAACCGUAUUUCACACCCAAACUAAACUCAAAACGCUUGCACUCUAUUCAAACAAACUCACAUAUUUAGAGUCUGGAUUAUUCGGUAAUCUAAGGGCACUGGUUGAGCUUCAGUUGCAUGGAAAUAAUAUCUACUCUAUUGCACCAGGUGCAUUUGACAGUCUUCAAAAGCUGCAAAGUUUGACUCUCUCUGGAAACCGCAUACAAUCGCUGCCUCGUGGACUCUUCCUUUACUUGCACAAUUUGACCGAAUUGACCCUCUCUGAAAAUCCGCUGAGAGAGCUCCCAGAUGUGUUAUUUGGAGAAAUGGUGAAUCUAAGAGAAAUGUGGUUGAAUCAUACCCAGCUCUACUCCAUACCAGAUUUUAUUUUCAGCAACAUGACCCAUUUAGAGAUAUUAGGAUUAACCGUGAACCCUAAUUUGAGUGUUCUCCCAAAGAAUGCAUUUAAUGGCCUAAAUGAGCUCUUGGUACUUUCUCUGCACUCAAACAACCUCUCCACUCUUCAUGAAGAUAGUUUAACAAGUCUUCUAAAGCUCCAAGAAAUUUCUCUCUGGCAUAACAAGGUUGAAACCCUUCCAAGUUCCCUUUUUUUAAACCUCAUGGACCUGGAGGUGGUUUACCUAAACAGCAAUCAGUUGAAGAACCUUCCUGGAGUUUUCUCAAGUUCUUUACUAAAACUUAAAGAGAUCGUUCUUGAUGACAAUCCAUGGAAAUGUGAUUGUAACAUUACCGAGUUCAAAAGAUGGCUCCAAAAGAACCCAGAAGUUGUAAAGAAUCCCACAUCUCUACUUUGCAGCAGUCCUGAGGAAUUAAAAGAUGCAUCUCUGUUGUCUUUAUCUGAUGAUCAGCUCAACUGCCAGGUCUCUACUGAAGAUUUUUCAGAAGUCCAAGUGUUUUCAGAGUUACCCUCCCCAAACACUGAUACAUGGAUUACAAAUGAACUAACCAGGCUGCGUAUUUCAAGUACACAUUUUUCACCCUCAGAAAUUGAAGAGGACACUGAACGGUCUGGGUUUACUUCCACAGAAAAUUCAGAAAACUCCUAUCCAAAUAAGGCAGACCUGUCAAGAAUAAUUGCCAAAAAUGGACUUUGGGCCAGUAAAUUUGAAGUUCCAAAGGAGGAGGGGUUAUUUCUUAAUUUGAAAAUUCCAUAUAGUAAAGUGUUUUUUCUUCUUUAUUUAUUGUUUUUGGUCAUGCAGGUUGUUUUCAUUGUUAUCGUUUCAUUUAUUGCCUUGAAAAUACGUAAGCUUUUACCAAACCUUAUUCCUCCAGUUGUUCUGACAAGAAUUUUGACUCAUGAUACUAAAAACAAACCUGGAUCCCACAUAAUCUGA